AUGCAGUUCACUCUUGGUGUGGUUUUUACCCUGGUCCUGGCCGCUAUGGUCUCGGCCCAGACGUACACCAGCUGCAACCCACUUCAGAAAAGCUGUCCAGCAGACCCCGCGUUUGGCAAGGCCGGCCAAACCUUUGACUUUACCUCGGGCGCAUCGUCUGCAUUUACUGCAACUGGAAGCGUGACCUUUGAUUCUACCAAUGGCGCAGCGUUCACAAUUGCCAAGCAGGGUGACGGUCCUUUGAUUCAGUCUAACUGGUACAUCAUGUUUGGUAGAGUUGAAUACACUAUCAAGUCUGCGCCUGGUACUGGUAUCGUGAGCAGUGCAGUGCUUCAGUCUGAUGAUCUUGAUGAAAUUGAUUGGGAGUGGCUUGGGGUUGAUAACACCAAGGCCCAGACCAACUACUUUGGCAAAGGAGACACUAGUACCUACAGUCGCGGCGCCUUUAGCGACAAUGCUGGGAACCACGAAUCAUUCCAUACUUACUCUGUGGAUUGGACUAGCGAGGAGAUCGUUUGGGCCAUUGAUGGCAAGACCGUCCGUGUUCUCACCCCAUCUACUGCAGACACAAACCAGUACCCACAGACUCCAAUGAUGAUUAAGGUUGGCGUAUGGGCUGGUGGUGAUCCAAACAAUGCAAAGGGUACCAUUCAAUGGGCAGGUGGUGAGACAGAUUACAGCAAAGGUCCCUUCGUCAUGUACAUGAAGUCACUGAGUGUGACCGACUACUCAACCGGAAGCUCCUAUACCUACAGCGACAAAUCUGGUACCUGGCAAUCCAUCGUUUCAGAUGGAGGCAAGAUCAACGGUAACAGUGCCGCGGAGCCCGUAUCAACCCAGUCUGCCCCAUCCGUCACUGCGACCGUCGACAUUCCCAUCCCAUGGAGUGGAACACACAAGGAAACUUCGUCUUGGGUCACACCCGAUGUUUGGCCUUGGGUCUCCACAGAUUCCCCAUCAGCCACCUCAAAUGGUUUCACUACUUCUGGCUGGGAAUCUAGCUCUGGCCAUGUUCAACCACCCGAUGGGGGUUCCCUGAGUGAGCACUCCCCUCAACCCACUCUCCCAAAGGAAAAAACCACUAAGACUGAAUCCAUGUUGCAGUCUACAUUCCUCUUUACGUCAGUAGCAUCGGCUUCCUGGUCGGAUUCGUUUUUCCCCUCUGGCUAUAAUACUGCAGCCUGGAAGAAGAACGUCACUCACACUUGGCACAGACCCACGAUUCCACACACUGAGAAGUCGGGCCAUGAAGGCACAGCGACUGCCGUGAAUUCCCCCAGUUCCACUCCCAUGCUAGGUGGCGGGGUGAACUCGAUCAUGGCUCCCGUCUUAUUUGGCUGCCUCUGUGUCUUCUUGGGAGGCAUAUUCGUCUUGCUCUGA